AGAAGAAGAAGAAGAAGAAGAAGUUGAAACCGGAAACUCCUUUUACUUCAAAACAACAAGCACGAUGGCGGCGACAGACGCAGAAACAGACCGUGAGAAGGGAAAACUGGAAUUCUCUCUGGACGUCCCCUUCCCGUCGUCUCGUGAGGCCGUCAUCGCUCUGCGCUCUCUGUCGCCAGACCGAGAGCCGAGGAAAGGCGGCAUCAGCAAACAGCUCACGCUGUCCGGCAGCACGCUGUCCGUGAGGUGGAGCGCAGAUGAAGCUCGAAUCCUCAGAGUGUCUGUGAACUCGUUUCUGGAUCAUCUGUUGCUCGUCAUGGAGACCAUGGAGAUGUUUGGUCCCCCUGUUUCCCAGUGAAGUGACAAAUGAUUCCAAAGUAUUUAGAUUGAGUUUCCAAUCGUUGGACACGACUCAGGUGCGACAAGUGGAAGAAACGGCGACGGAUGUUUGAGCAACUGGCAGCUUAGACUGUGUUUACCUUUGUUUUAUCGCGUAAAAUCUGACUGUUUAAGUGGCGCUGAGCGGCCGCUGGUUUCACUCUGGUGUGGUUUUUAUUUAAUCUUCCUUUGUAAAAAAUAAAAGGCAGCAGAUCAGAAAG